AUGUGGGCCACGUCCCUUCUUACUGGGCUUUCACUUAUUAUUGUUUUUUGUUUAGAAAACAGUCCGGUCCUUUUUUUAUAA